UGACAGGUGUUCAAUCAGGUGUAACAAGUACAACGUAGACCCGUGUACUGAUAUCAGAGAUAACGAAACUACUAUCAUGAUGGUAUAUGUUCAUUUAUAAGCCAAGUUGUGUUUAUAAUGUGUUAUUCGUUCGAUAAUACAUCAACAAAAUUUAAUAUGCAGUUUGUUGGACAAUCUAAUUACAAUUAACUAGAUUAACCCCUUCUUUACAAUACGCUAUGCAAAAGUGUUGUAGAGAUGCCGUCUCACAAGUCUAAUUGAAUUGCAAACAACAGACAUUUUAGUGUGUGACAACGUCAUUUUAGAGUUCAUUUUUGAAUUCAUGGCGGCUCUUUUGAAUCAGCAAGACCAGCUGAUCUCGUGGAUAGGUAGGCCCUGUGACUUCCAGUUGUUGUACAAGAUCAGCAGGGACGGUUGUACCGCUACUAAGUUUCACCAGAAGUGUGACGGUCAGGGUGCCACCGUGACGGUCCUGUACAACACAAACAACACGAUAUACGGCGGAUACCUGUCUCAGAGCUGGAACUCUGAUGGUGGAUACAUAAACGAUCCGAACGCCUUCCUCUUCCGGCUACAGUACAACGGGUCUUCCAAUCCAUUUAAGUUUCCAGUCAGUGAUACAAAGCAUGCUGGUUAUGGAAAUGGUAGUUACGGUCCAACAUUCGGUUGUGGUCAUGACUUAUCCACUUUUUAUGGAAAUAUCGCGCCUCAAGGAAACAUUGUUCUUCUCAAUGGAUAUGUCGAUCAGAUAGGAAGGUGUUUCACUUUAUAUGAACAUGAUUGCCACUCCAUAACAAACAACAAUCUUCAAGUGACAGAGCUUGAAAUUUAUAAAGUCAUAGGUAAAUACCCAACAUUAUGUUCAAAUGCCAAUUAUUGUAAUUGAAAGUUUAGUUACCAACUGUGGCGACGGCUUUGCUUUGAUUUAUUGGAGAUUGUGUUUAAGUGGGGUAUUGGAAAAUUUAAUAAUAAUAAUAAAAAUUGUUAUCUAUUCACGAUUGAUAUUUUCACUGAAAACCACCCCUGUACGGAUACAAUACUAAAGAGAUAGAUAAAAUAAAUAUAGUUUUGUCUUACCCAGUAUAAUUUCCAUUUAAUCAAUUAAAACAUUUUAAAGGGACCUAGAUACAAUUUGAGAUCCAAAUUGUUUAUUUGUAUUGAAUGAUUGACCAAAAAUUCAAUCAUAGAAAUCAAGUUAUUAGAGAGAUACAAAGGUAAUAAUUUAUUGUUAUGUAAACAAAGCCCUAUUCUUUAUUUCUUUACAAAUAGUGGCAAACAAGAAGAAUGUGUAAUAAGCGAUAUUAUCAACAUGCAACAAUUAAGUAAACAAUAACAAGACUUUAUAUUUGUUUACAAACUCUGUAUCUUGCUUGUAGUUCGA